AAGCUAACAACUAACCACCAUUCUUCUUCUGGAACAUGAAAAAAACCUGUAAAGGCUUUUGGAUAAUGGCAAGUCCACGGCUAUAGACAUUAGACACUGCGUUUUCUGCUUCAAUCACUGGUUCAAUAUGGCGGUGCCGAAGGAGAUCAAGGCAUUGUUUGAACGGUACUCCGACGAUGGCAUCAUGACCAUUGAUCAUCUCCGCAGGUUUCUCGUUGAGAUCCAAAAGCAAGACAAUGCUACCGUCGGCGAUGCGCAGGACAUAUUUUAUCAUCUUCACGAGCUCGAACUAGGUCUCAAUCUUGACGCCUUUUUCAAAUACCUUUUCAGCGAUAUUAACCCGCCUCUCGAUCCUAAACUUGGGGUACACCAUGAUAUGACUGCUCCUCUGUCACAUUAUUUCAUAUUUACUGGGCAUAAUUCAUAUCUAACUGGGAAUCAACUUAGUAGUGACUGCAGUGAUGUUCCCAUCAUAGACGCUUUGCAGAAAGGAGUGAGAGUGAUUGAAUUGGAUUUAUGGCCUAAUUCCAAUAAGGAUGAUGUGGAUGUUCUUCAUGGGAGGACACUGACAACACCCGUGGAACUUAUUAAGUGUUUGAGGUCUAUCAAGGAACAUGCCUUUACUGCAUCUGAUUAUCCAGUUGCUAUAACUCUAGAAGACCACCUUACUCCAGAUCUUCAGGCUAAAGUGGCUGAGAUGGUCACUCAAACAUUUGGAGACAUCCUGUUUUUUCCUGGCUCAGAAGGCCUAAAGGAAUUGCCCUCCCCAGAAUUUUUGAAGAGACGAAUUAUCAUAUCUACCAAACCACCAAAGGAAUACCUCGAGGCCAAAGAGAAAAAGGAGAAGGAUAGUGAAGAUGCUGAUGAUAUGAAUGAUUUGGAUGAAGACUGUGAUGAUGAGGAUGAGGAUGAUGAAGGAGAUAUAACAUCAAAGCGAUAUGUAGCACGAGAGUAUAAACAGUUAAUUACUAUUCAUGCGGGAAAGCCUAAAGGUGGACUAGAAGAAUGUUUCAAAGUGGAUCCUGAGAAAGUGAGACGUCUUAGCUUAAGUGAGCCACAACUUGAAAGUGCUGCAGAAGCUCACGCAAAAGAAAUUAUCAGGUUUACCCAGCGAAAUAUACUUAGGGUGUAUCCAAAGGGCACUCGUAUUGACUCGUCCAACUACAAUCCACUAAUUGGGUGGAUGCAUGGUGCUCAAAUGGUUGCUUUUAAUAUGCAGGGACAUGGAAAAUCACUUUGGUCAAUGUAUGGAAUGUUCAGGGCCAAUGGUGGGUGUGGUUAUGUGAAGAAACCAGAUUUUCUGUUGAAGUCUAGCUCUCAUGGCUUUGAUCCUAGAGUUGAGUUGCCUGUAAAAACAAUAUUGAAGGUGAAAGUAUAUAUGGGCAAAGGAUGGUCUGAUGAUUUCAAAGGCACAAGUUUUGAUGUAUUUUCUACACCAGACUUUUAUGUUAGGGUAGGGAUUGCUGGUGUCCCUGCAGAUUCUGUAAUGAAGACAACAGAGGCACGUACGAACACUUGGACACCUGUGUGGAACGAGGAACUUAAGUUCCCAUUAACCGUUCCUGAACUGGCUCUGCUGCGCAUUGAAGUUAAUGAAUAUGACAUGUCUGAGAAGGAUGACUUUGGAGGCCAAACAUGCCUUCCCGUAUUCGAAUUAAGAAGAGGCAUUCGAGCAGUUCCACUCUAUAACUUUGAGGGAGAGAAGUAUAAUUCUACAAAGCUCCUUAUGCAGUUUGAUUUUGCUUGAGACUAUUAUCCGUUCAUAACUAUCUCUACUGCCUGCCCUUAAAAUAUACACAUAUGUGAAGCUAGUUCUACUUGUUGAUGCUGUGAGCUGUUGUCUGAAUACUCAGCAGCUGUAGAACACAAUAACAUCUGCCCAAUUCGUUUCUGCUCUUAGUAAGUAGUCUCAAUAAGAUGGUCCAGUAGGCAGCAGGGUCCUGGCAAAUAUAAUUUAUGUUAUUGCAAAUAAGAAUCUUGUUUUUACUGAUUCUGUUGUUGUUUCUCUAUGCAAUUUAGGAAUCUCAUCCUGGCAAGUAUAGUUUUAUUGUAAUGUAAAUGAGAAUCUUCUUGUUGUUGUUGUUUUUUCUUUUUUUAUCAUAAAAAAAUCUUGUGUUUUCACUCGA